AUGAAGAUCACUCACUCUUUCUGGGCCUCCGCCGCCCUAUCGCUGGUCCCAGCCGCCUUUGCCCAAUCGACUACUACAUCUGCUCCCUUGGGCACUACCACUGCGCCAAGCUGUACAGCUUCCCUCAUCACCAAGCUCUGCGACUACAAAGACCCUGUUAUUGCUGCCGCCAUCGAGAGCAAAGACUCUUGCUUGUCCUACUGCAACAACCACCAGCCCUGUAGCUUUGCUAUAUUUGCCGCUGGCAACCCGUACACCGGCACCGGCACCUGCUGGCUGUACCCAGGCGAAAGCUAUGACGCGAGUGCCGGCACCAGCACUGGCUGCAGCAACCCUUACCUCUCUGUCUACGACAAGCCAGUGUGCGCGGGCACACCUACAUCUACUGCCGGCGCCUGCGCGGCCACUGCGAGUCCCUCUGCCGUUGCGUCGAUCUGCGGGUACUCACCUCCGGAUACUUGCUUCAGCACCUGCGUUGCCAGCUCAGGUGCAACCCAUUGCUUGAGUGCAUGCGCAGAGGCUGAUGCCUGCACCUACGCUGUCUUCAAUCCUCACAACUCGAAGAACUCGCCGUAUCUGUCGGGCACUUGCUGGAUCUACACCAGUGGCACAUACGAUGCUGGGAACGCAACCACUUGCAGUGGCGAGCCCGAGCAGUAUGUAUACACAAACCCAUGCCCUAAGCCGUCGUCUUCCUCAUCUUCCGCCUCAUCAUCUGCUACAGCAUCUGCUAGCGGUAGUGGAACUGCCAGCGGUACUCCCAGCAGUUCUGGAGCCGCAAGUGCUACUCAGGACUCGGCCACCGACAAAGAAAACUCGGCAGCCAGCGUCGUCUCAUUAAGGAACUCUUUGGCUCUGGGCGUGGCGAUGUUGCUGUGGCAGGGUCUUGCAUAA